AUGGGUCGUCUGGACGCGUUCUCGAUUGCCGAGGCGAUGACUGUCUUUAGUGCCAAGAGGUCUAGUACUGAGCUGCGGCUUGAUGGAGUCGACAAAAAAAUGAUCAUCCACAAGGGCCGUAUACUUGGACAGUGGGUUGAUAUGUGGCAGUGGAACACAACCAUUCUCGAAAAGGGCAUUGAACAUGAGGCUGAUGCUGGCAAUCAUCGCGAGUACACACUCAAAGAGGAGGAGCAAUAUGACAUAUACAAGACAAUGCUCUCACUGGCCCCAUGUAUCAUUGACGAAGUUCAGAAGGCAGGACAAGGAGGCUGUAUCAUUGUUGGCACCAUGUCUCAGCCCUGCAAUGUUUGCCUCUGCAUGUCAUACUCUCGGUUUUACUCUGACCUCUCUGUUCAAGAUGGCCUUCAUGACGGAUCAAUUGUGGUCACACCCUCGCAGUUCCCCUGCUUCCUUUGGCAUAAUGAGGAAGUGAACCAAGAACAAAUUUUUGAAGGCUGGUUGGAGAACGAGUUGCUUGUGCAGGGAUACUUGCACAUUUUCAAGUCUCCAAGUUCAGCUAUCAAGGAUGCUGGCGCCACAGCACGUCGUGGAAAUGCUUCAAUGCACGGCAUACGGACAGUGAGCAUUCCUUCUAUUGCAUAUGUUGCCACGCUGAUUCGGUUUGUCCUCUCUUCGCAGAGCAGCAUGUCCCGAGGUCACAAGGCACAAUUCUCAUACGAGACAUUUUACAACAACAUUGUCAGGACCACUUUUGAGGAGCUUGACAAUGUUCAACUUGCCUCACUGCUCACUUGGUGGAACGGGAGGAUAUUCUCAGACGUUGUAGAUGACAACAAGGACGACGAGGAUGAGUAUAGCAUGAUGGCAAUGAUGAAGGCUCAAGCAGCAGCAAGGAGUGCAGCAUCCACAGCAUCAUAA